AUGGAUGUACCUCCUGUUUUGCUUUCUCCUCAGUCACAGACCUGUUCCCACCUGGCAGAAACCUGCAUGGAAGGCGAGAGAAGCCCACCCACAGUAGAGCUGGACAGAGACUCCUCUAUUCCCAGUGGUCAGCUGACCAGCUCCAGGCUAACUGAUUCGGACUGGUUUUGGAAUGAGCACAUCCAGGCAAAGAGGGCCAGAGUGGAGACUAUUGUCCGUGGCAUGUGUCUCUCUCCUAGUCCCUUGGUGUCGGGUAGUGCGCGAGCCAGGGAGCGCUCAUGCUAUCCAGAAAAGGCCCGGGAGCGGAAAAGAAAGCAGAGCCUUCCGAUGCACCAGGGUCCCCUGAAAUCAGUUCCUGUCUGGGAUCGAGCAUCCAAGAAGGGGGGGACCCGGGUAAAAGAGCAGCUCCAUCUACUGAAACAACAGCUAAGACAUCUACAGGAACAUGUCCUACAGGUCGCUGAGCCCAGAGCACCUGCGCAUGGCCCAGGAGGUACAGAGCAAAGAAGCCCCAUGGGGGCAAAGCCGAGGAACAGUUCCCUGCCUAGCCCCCGGACCAUGGAGAGCAAACCCCAGCCGAGUUCUAACAAGGACAUCUGUGGAGCAGUAAAGCCCAGAAUGGUUGAGGUACAACAGCAGGCGGAGGAGGCCAUGCUCCGUCCUUCCGGACCACGGGCUUUAGUGGAGACGCUGAGGAAGGAACUAAGCAGGGCCAUGUCCCAGGCUGUGGACUCUGUAUUACAACAGGUGCUACUGGAUCCACCAGACCACCUCUCCCAGCAAGAACCCAGCUGCCUGGGGCUAGCAUCAGAGGGCAGAAGCCAGCCUUCACCUUCAGGGAGGAGUGCCUAUCAGUCCCCACUUGCUAUUGCCACCCUGCCUAGGAGGGUCCAGCCACAAGCUGGGGUGCCCUUGGGUAAUUCAUCACUGGCUACGCCUCUAGAUUCUCCUAUGUGUCCUGCCUCUCCGAGAACAGUCCCCAAACCGUAUCAGAGUCCCCUGUCAAACUGUCCCUUGACAGCUGUGCCUUCCCACAUCUGGGAAAACCAGAUUCUUAGCCAGCUUCUGGGUCGUGGGCCCGACGGCCAUUGGAGUGGCAGCCCUCCCCAGGACUCGUCCCCGGCCCAAAGCCGUGCCUCCCCGGAGUCUGCCCAGCAGCCUUGGGGGUUGAGCCAGCAGCAGCUCCCCCUGUCGUUCACCCCUGUCCACCUGGAAAGCCGGCCUCUCCUACCCUCUGUGAAGAUGGAGCCUGGUGGGCUGCGCGGCAUGGCUGACAGGAUUCCUUUCUCGUCCAUCCACCACAUCCAGGAAGGCCUGAGCCCUGGUCACUUGAAGAAGGCCAAACUCAUGUUUUUCUUCACACGGUACCCCAGUUCCAGCCUUCUGAAAGCGUAUUUCCCUGAUGUCCAGUUCAACCGCUGCAUCACCUCCCAGAUGAUCAAGUGGUUCAGCAACUUCCGUGAGUUUUAUUACAUCCAAAUGGAAAAGUACGCACGGCAAGCAAUCUCAGAUGGUGUCACAAACCCCAAAAUGCUGGCGGUUCUCCGUGAUUCAGAGACUUUUCGAGUUCUCAAUACACACUAUAACAAGGGGAAUGACUUUGAGGUCCCAGACUGCUUCUUGGAAAUUGCCACCUUGACAUUACAGGAGUUCUUCAGGGCUGUCUCCACAGGGAAAGAUUCAGAUCCUUCCUGGAAGAAACCCAUUUACAAAAUUAUUUCAAAACUGGACAGUGACAUCCCAGAGAUACUCAAGUCUUCCAACUAUGCCCAGGAACUGUUUCGAAGUUAAGAUUAAAAAAAUGAGGUCAAGUACAAUGUCUUGUAAGGAGGGUGGAGGCAGGAGGAUCAGGAAUUGGACAGCCUUGGUUACACAGACAGAUGAUCAAACAAAAUGAGAAGACUGGCCCAGGAUGGCCCAAGGGUUGUCAUAAAUGCCAAGCUGUAGUCAUGUAAGAGGGCACAAGAGGACACCUCCCAUGGGUACAAUUGCCAUUUUGAAUACUUGUUUCCUUGUCCAGAAUCAUCCAAGACUUAACCUUAACCAUAGUGUAUCCACUGAGACUAUCAGUGUGUUGUGCCAUUAUCAUCAAGUGCUGGGACACGGGUCAUCCUGGUAUUUCUGCAGCUCUACAAAGAGAUUCAGAGCCAGGCGGUGGUGACACACAUCUUUAAUCUCAUCACUCAGGAGGCAGAGGCAGGUGGAUCUCUGAGUUUGGAGAAAGCCUGGUCUACAGAGGGAGUUCCAGGAUAGCCAGGGUUACUCAGAAAAGCCCUGUUCAAAAAAAAAAAAACAUAUAAACAAAAACAAAACAAGAAAUUUUGAACUGUGGAUAACUCAUUGAUCCUUAUGCCAGGAAACUGAUUGGUCAGGAGUGUGAGGAAUCAAUGCUAUGUAAACUGGACUUGCGCUGGGCAAUUCAUGCUGUCUCUCAGGAAGAAGUCAUACCAACAGGGCACGUGCAGAGUGACAUUUUCAUCUGACAACUUUGGCACUCAGGAGUGCUUGCUUCAUCAUCCAAGACUUUCCCUGAUGAUGUCGGCAAACCCAGCACAGGCUUCCUAAGGGACCGUGGCAUUGCUGCCUUUUGCAUCUGUCUGCUGGGAAAGUAGGUCCUCAGAAAAUCCUAACAGUCCUACUUGACCUAUGCAACAAGAUCCCGGGCUGCCUAUGCAGACAAAAGCCGGAACUUCAUGAUGAGAAAGCCAGAGAUCAUCUGGUACACCUGUUUAACUCGUGGAGGAAACUGAGGCUAACACAGGCUGCACAGGGCCUCAUAGGCCAUAAAUGGUAUGGUUUGGACAAAUGCAGAAAUGGAGAUUUUCCUACUCCAAAGUGGUUACAGUCCAUGACAGAACUCACACGCAUGAACAAAUGACGUCCAUUUUUUCCCUUAGGCACCUGUAAAGCUGAACGACUGUGUCAUCUAGUCAGAAUCAAGCUCUUACGCACUGCUGGAGUGGGCAGGCGGGCAUGCUUCAGCUUUCAUAGUGAUGAAUAAGGGGCAGCUGUGCCCACAGGGGCUCCCUUCCCCGCCAUCAACACAGAACACACUCCUCAUGUAGCUGCUCUGCCUUCAUGACUUUACGGGUGUCGUGUUGGCUAUCGCUAGACAUGUUAGAACGCACCAGCAUCAACAAUGACUUUCCCCUGAAUUUCCUGUUCAAAUAGUGGAGAGAAUAAACAAACCACACUUAACCAAAAUUAAUCCUUAUAGA